AUGCUUUUGGGGUUGCUUUCCUUGCUGCGAAAAUUGCGUUCCACACCGGAAAAGGAACUACGAAUUCUGCUGCUUGGACUGGACAAUGCUGGCAAAACGACUCUACUUAAACAGUUGGCUUCCGAAGAGGUUGCACAGGUCACACCAACAGCAGGCUUCAACAUCUAAUCCGUAGUAUCCGAUGGUUUCAAGCUGAAUGUGUGGGACAUCGGAGGCCAGAGCAAAAUCCGUCCCUACUGGAGAAAUUAUUUUGAAAACACCGACGUUUUGAUUUACGUCAUCGAUUCCAGUGACCGGAAGCGUCUGGAAGAGACCAGCGAUGAGCUGGCCGAGUUACUGUUGGAUGACAAAUUAAAAAACGUCCCGGUCCUGGUUUUCGCCAACAAGCAGGACAUUCCCGGCUCACUCAAAGCGUCGGAAAUAGCUGAAUGUUUGAAGCUGGUCAAGCUGAAAGAUCGAACCUGGCAGAUACAAAGCUGUUCUGCCCUGCAGGGAACCGGUAUCAAGGAUGGAAUGGACUGGGUUUGUAGUUGUAUCAAAAAGUAAUUGAUUAACAUUUAUCAUUUAAUAAAUUAAAUAAAGUGCAAAUUAAAUCAAAAUAAGAUUGAUUGAUAUCCCCACGAUAUCAUCUAAAAGUGCAAUUAUCUGCAAUGAAUCGAGUUUUCAAUCGAAUAAAAGCGUACAAACGGGGGCUGGUUUU